AUGGUUCAAGAUCUCGUUAAUAGUGGCACUAUUGAAGAGUCUCAGUUGUUAGUGUCAAGACCCGUCUAUUUGAGGCCCUAUGUGUUGCCUUUUAUAUUCAUCUAUCCCUUGUACUCCGACCUGUACCUGCUACACUACGAUGAUUACUUUGGUGGUAAAGAAUGGACUUUCAUUUUCACUUUGGGUCUUGUUUCGCUCCAUUGUUUGAUUUGGUUGUUGCCUCGCUGGAGUUUGAACAUUAGCUCUCGUUUCAAUUAUAGUUCGUGCUCCUCUCUCAAAGAUGCUUCAUACAUAUUUGUCGUUGCCAAGCCAAAUUUUGGUAUCAGUGAGAUUUGUACAAUAGAUAGAAUUAUCGAUCAGGUGUCUUUCAAGUAUCAGAAGAGAAAGUUUAUUUGGAGUGAUAAGUUGAACAAAUUUACUCCUCCUAAUUUUUUUGUGGAUGAUAAAAGCCUCACUAUUGGUGAUUUGAAGGGACGACGUGGUCUAGGUAGCAAUGAGUUGGAGUCUCUAUCAAAAAAGUAUGGCAAAAAUCUUUUUGAUAUACCUGUUCCAACUUUCUGGGAAUUGUUCGUCGAGCAUGCUUUGGCUCCGUUCUUCGUCUUUCAGGUGUUCUCUAUAGCUUUAUGGAUGAUGGAUGAUAUGUGGUACUUGUCUUUAUUCUCCUUGUUCAUGCUUGUUACUUUUGAAUGUACUACUGUCUACCAGAGAAAAUCUACCAUGACUGAGUUCCAGAGUAUGGGUAUUAAGCCAUAUCAGAUUUAUGUGUUUAGAGAUGAAAAGUGGGCCAAGAUCUCUACCCAAGAAUUGUUACCCGGUGACGUUGUUUCUGUUGUUCGUACUCCUCAGGAGGAUCUUUCUAUUCCUUGUGAUUUGAUCCUUAUUUCCGGUUCUUGUAUCGUUAAUGAAGCUAUGCUUUCUGGUGAGUCCACGCCUCUUCUUAAGGAGUGUAUUGAUACGAGAGAGGCUUCUUCUCAGUUCCAGCCGGACAGCUUGGAUAAAAGCUCUUUGCUUCACGGUGGUACGUCUUGUUUGCAAGUUACUUCGGCAGACCAUUCGGCCAUUUCGUUGGCUCCUGAUCAUGGCGCCGUUGCCGUGGUUGCUAAAACUGGAUUCGAAACAGUUCAAGGUUCUCUUGUCAGAGUCAUGAUCUUUUCCUCGGAGAGGAUGACUGUCGCUAACAAAGAAUCUAUGUUUUUCAUUUUGUUCUUACUUGUCUUUGCCGUUAUUGCUGCAAGAUACGUGUGGGUUGAAGGUACCAAGAUGGGACGUAUUCAAUCCAAGUUAAUUCUUGAUUGUAUCAUUGUUAUCACCUCCGUUGUUCCUCCAGAAUUGCCUAUGGAACUUACUAUGGCUGUUAAUCAAUCAUUAUCUGCCAUCGCUAAGCACUUCAUCUACUGUACUGAGCCUUUCAGAAUUCCUCUUGCCGGUAGAAUUGACGUCUGUUGCUUUGACAAGACCGGUACUUUGACUGCUGAAGAAUUGGUCUUUGAGGGAUUGGCUGGCCUUAAAGAGGGUGAUAUAUCUCAUCUAUCCAGCUGCUCGUCUGCUGAAGUUCCCGAAGCUACUCUAGAUGUUAUGGGAUCAACUCACGCUUUAGUCAGAUUAGAUUCCGGUGAGGUCGUUGGUGAUCCUAUGGAGAAAGAGACAUUGAAGGCUUCUAAAUGGACUGUUUCCCAAGAUUUCAAGAACACAAUACUAGGUCAUGACAGGAAGAUCCACGUCUUGAAGAGAUUUCAAUUUUCUUCUUCUUUGAAGAGAUCUUCGGUUAUUGCGAAGGUUGGUGGGAAAGUUAUUGCCGGCGUUAAGGGUGCUCCGGAAACCAUUGUUGAGAGGUUGUCCGAGGUUCCUGCAGAUUAUGAGAAGACUUUCAAGUCAUUUACUAGAUCAGGUUCCAGAGUCUUGGCUUUGGCUUAUAAGUAUUUGAAAUCCGAUAAAAACCUUGACAAAGUGGAGAGAUCUGAUGUGGAAUGCGACUUAAAGUUUGCCGGAUUUUUGGUGUUUCAUUGUCCCAUGAAGUCAGAUGCCAUCGAAACCAUAGAGAUGUUGAACCAGUCCAGUCAUAGAAGUGUCAUGAUCACCGGUGAUAACCCGUUAACUGCCUGUCACGUCGCAAAAGAGGUUGGUAUUGUCUCGAAGCCGGUCUUCAUUUUGGACAAACCAGAGAAAAGCCGUGGUGAUGACGAGUUUGAUCUUGAAUGGAGAAACGUUGAAGAGACCAAGAUUAUUGCCUGCUCCUCUCAGAAAGCUCUCGAUACCAGCAUCUUUGCUAAGCAUGAUAUAUGUGUCACUGGCUAUGCUCUUAAAAAGUUCCAGAAGCAUGCUCAGUUCAAGGAGUUAGUCAGACAUGCAUUUAUUUACUCAAGAGUUUCCCCUUCUCAAAAGGAAAUGAUUCUCAAUACUUAUAAAUCGAUGAACUACAAUGCAUUGAUGUGCGGUGACGGUACUAACGAUGUUGGAGCUUUGAAGCAAGCUCAGGUUGGUAUUGCUUUGUUGAAUGGCACAGAAUCUUCCCUUAAAAAAAUACAAGAAAACCGCCAGAUCGAAGGAGUUACUACAGUUUACAAUAAGCAGCGUGAAAUCAUGGCCAGAUGGGGUAGACCUCCUCCCAAAGUUCCUGCUCUCAUUGCUCAUCUAUUCCCACCGGGACCUUUGAAUCCAAACUACAUAUCUGCUCUACAGAAGCACGGUGUGGUAAUCACUGGAAAGAUCAUUCGCAAAGUUGAGAUUGCUAAUCAGCAGCCAAUCGCUGUCGAGAAGCCUACCACCAUUUCCAAUGGACCACAGUCUAGUGCAGAACUGGCUGAACAGUUGAUGUCCGGUAUUCAAAUGCCAGAAGAUGAAGAAGCCCCAGCUUUGAAGCUUGGUGACGCUUCUGUUGCUGCUCCAUUCACAUCUAAAUUGUCGAACGUGAACUCUGUGAUCCACGUGAUUAGACAAGGAAGAUGCGCGUUGGUGUCCACAAUUCAGAUGUACAAAAUCUUAGCUUUGAACUGUCUUAUCUCUGCUUACUCGUUGUCUGUGCUUUACUUAGCUGGUAUUAAGUUCGGUGAUACUCAGGCUACUGUGUCCGGUUUGUUGCUUAGUGUCUGUUUCAUAUCCAUUUCCAAGGGUCAGCCUUUGGAGAAGUUGUCCAAGGAGAGACCACAACCUGGCAUAUUUAACAUGUACAUUAUGGGUUCCAUUCUGGGUCAGUUUGCAAUUCACAUGAUUGCCUUGAUAUAUUUGAACAGGGAGAUCUAUAUUCUAGAACCAAGAGUGCCUCAAAUAGAUUUGGAUAAAGUCUUCGAGCCUUCCUUAUUGAACACUGCCAUGUUCUUUAUCCAAUUAUCUCAGCAGGUGGCCACUUUUGCCGUGAACUAUAUUGGUAGACCUUUCAGACAAGGUAUUUCUGAGAACAAGGGUAUGUACUACGGCAUUUUGGGUGUUGUUCUUCUGUGCGUCUCAGGUGCUACAGAGUUCGUUCCCGAAUUCAAUUCAGCCAUGCAGUUUGUUCCUAUGACUACAGAAUUCAAAAUCAAGUUGAACCUUGUUAUGCUUUUGGACUUUGUCGUCUCUUGGCUAGUUGAACUCUUUUUCAAGUUUAUGUUCAUGGAUUACAAGGCUGCUGAUAUUGCCUUAAGAGACGUUGACGAGAUUGCUGCUGACGAUGCAAGAGCAGCAAGGAAUCAGGUGAAGAAGGACCAAUAA